UAACAGUAUGCAAUACCACUUGAAUAAUUCUCUCUGUCACAGUCACUCUCACAAGCACACAGACGAGAGGAGUAAACAAUGGCGACGACAAGGGCUAGGGUUACGUUUCGCAUAGUACUGGCCGUUCUCCUCAUAGUCGCUUUCUUCUACCUCUGCCGUCCUCUCUACUGGAAAAUCUCCGCCACCGUCCAAGAUAUCCGUGAAAACAAACAAACCGUCUCCGGAGGUAUUUCUCAAAUUGUAUUAGAGGCUCAGAAAUCGGUGGGCUGGUACCGCGACGAGUCCGAUUCCGGACUUCAUGAAUAUGAUCGCAAGGCUUUGGCAGUGAAUUCUAGGAGAAUUCUUCGUCAGGUUUUGUAAGAAAAUAAAAAAAAUAUAAAUAUUGUUGAUUGUUGUUGUAAUGUUUUAUUUUCUAUACGCGAAUUGAUAGAUAUACUGUAGAUCUGGAUUGUUUUACUUCCAAUAAUUGAUAAAUUUUGGAUGUUAUGCACCGGAUUGAAAGGAAUUUUGCUUAUUUAGAUUAGCUUGCAAUUUGGAUUUGCGGUGUCUUGAAAUUGAUGGUUGAUUAGAGAGGAGAAAAAAAGUUGUUUACUUUCGUAUUCAAAAGUCACAAGAGUGCCAUGCUUGUACUUUAAGGUGCAAAUAGAUGCAUUUUUUUCGGUGUU